AAACUAAAAUAAAAAUAAAAAUAAAAUAAAAAGGACAAAAAUAAAUAUAGAAAAAUCCCCACAACCAUAGAUUUCUUAUUUCUCCUCCUGAGAAACGUUUCGAUUUGAAGAAUCAAUAGCGUACGUUCCCGAAUCGUUGCAUUCGCGCAUUCUUUGUCACUUUGCUGUUUCUAUUUGAAUUCCAUGGAGUUAAUUCGCGUGAUUUUUCGUUGAUUGGGGCAACAAGUAGUUCUGUAUCUCUAGGUGAGGACGAGGCUCAUUUGUUUGGAUCUGAUUUUUAUUCAAUUGAGAGAUUUUGAAUAUUAGGGAUUUUGAGCUGCAAGGAAGGAUGGAGGAUGAUAAGAAGAAGAAGAGAAACAAGAAAAAGAAAAACAAGCAGAUCAAAAUUACGGAAGAUGAUAUCGCUGUUGACGUGAAUCAGAAUGGUGCGAGUAAUGGAAAGAAUGAUCGUGACCAAGUAACUGACCUCGCUGAGGUGCAAAAUGGUGCUGUGCGAAAUGGUGAUACGGCGGCCAAUAGACAUGAGCACAAUGGAACAGAAAUGCCCAUCUUAGCUGAAGCUGAGAAGCAACAGUGGGUGCAAAGAGAGGCCAUAUUGAAAGAGUCAAUAAAACAAUUACAGAAUGAAAAUGAUACAUAUACGCAGAAAGAGGCUUUCUUAGAAGGGAGAAUCAAACAGUUAAAGAAGGAAAAUGAUUCACAAAUACAGAAACUGGUUACAUUAGAAGAGACGAUCAAGCAAUUGAGAAAUGUACAUGAUUUAGCUUUACAGAAGGAGACUACCUUGGAAGGAACAAUCCAACAGUUGAAAAAUGAAAAUGAUUCACACAUGAAGAAAGAGGCCGGUCUAGAGAAUGAAAUCAUACAACUGCAGAUUGAAAAAGAGUCGAGUCUUCAAAAAGAGGCUGGUCUAGAGAAGAUAAUUGUACAACUGCAGAGUGAAAAAGAGUCUAUUCUUCAAGAAGAGGCCCACUUGAAGGAGCAACUUCAGCACUUAUUGGAGGAGAAGACUGCUUUGGUUUUAAAAGGGGCAAGCUUGGAGGAAAAAAUUAAACAACUAGAGAGUGAUAAAUAUUCGUGGACCCUAACAGAGAAUACAACCAAAGAAACAAUUGCUAGAAUGAAUGUUGAUAUCACAAGACUACAGAUGCAGGUGGUGGAGUUGGAAGAAUCCAGAAAUAUACUUUUGAAAGAAAACCAACAACUGAUGGACAACAUAUCUGGUCAGCGGUUACAUCUUCAGAAUGUGAAGGCGAACGUCACCUCUGCUAACACAUCACAUGAACUGAAAAAGCAUGAUGAACGUGAGGACUUGAACUCCCAAAUUGGAGCAGCCUGUGCACUGGUUGACAAAUUGAUUACAGAAAAUGCAGAGCUUGUUGAGAAAGUGAAUGAGUUGUACAUUAAGCUUGACCAACAAAGUAGAGCAUCUGGACAUUCUUCUACCAUUGGCAGCGAUCUCAUGGUUGAAUCUAGGGCAGCUGAUUCCAUACUUGAAUCUAGUGAAAAGAUGUCUGCUUUGGGCCAUAAGAUGGAGUUACUGGAAGUUGAACCUGCUGCUGGAGAUGCAUAUGCUGCAGAAGUUGACUCGGGAGAAAUCGUGCAAAUACCUUUGAAUGAUAAUGAGCUUCGGGAUUUGGAACUGAAGGAGGCUGUUGAGAAUGAUAAGAUGGAGGAAGCUGUGCCGCUUACAGAUGCUCCAAUGAUUGGGGCUCCUUUCCGGUUAAUAUCAUUUGUCGCUAAAUAUGUUAGUGGUGCUGAUUUGGUUGACAAAAGCACUUCAAAUUCUGUGCCUUAGCUUAGCAAGGUUAAAGUUUUUUUGUUUUUUUUAAUUAUCAUUUCAUAUACAAAUUGCUUGUCAUGUGGAGAUUAAAGAUGCAUCUAAUAUUGCUCUUUGUUUUUUUA